AUGUCUGAGCAAUCUCUGAAGUUGGAAGCUAACUCCUCACAGGAAGAAAUUCAGCGAUCAUCUUCGGGAUCAUGGCACAACGCUGUGGAAAAGAAAAAGAAGAAAGCCAGCAAUGAAAAAGAAAAAAGGAAACAACAUGAUGAUUCUACAUCAGAAAAAUCAUCAAACGAAGAUAACACAAAAGGAAGGAAAAAACAUAGACUCUCGUGGACCAAUGAAUUACAUAAUUUAUUUGUGGAAGCUGUUCAAGCUCUGGGCUUGGAGAACGCAGCUCCAAAAGCAAUUAAGAAUAUGAUGGGCGUUUCAUACGUAACGAAAUAUCGGAUGCAAAUGAAGAAAUCUGAUGACAUCAUCUCAUCUUCGUCUGCUAUAGUCAGUCGUGAACAAGAGGCAGAAAAGAAGACAAAGAAGAGAAAGAAUCAAACAAAAUCUGGAAAGGACAACACAAAACAACCAAAAACUAGUGAGGACAAAAAAAGUGUCGAAUCGAUUGAACCAGCCCAAAAUAUUACAUCUUGUUCAGCAUCCAGUACAGGACAAAGUAGUAGCAAUUCUAUAGGAUUUAAUAAUUGGAUGCAAGCAUCAAACAGUGGAUCUAGUUCAUCAACAACUACGAUACCUUUUACCAUAGGAGUCGAGCAACAUAUUUCAGAGAAAGAGAACGAACAACAGCACAAUGAGGCUAGUAACAGCAAUUUUUCCUUCCUUAAAAAAGUUUUUACUCAUAGUGCUGAGUCUUUUCUGUUUGACAACACAAACAGCCAAUCUAGUUUUUAA